AUGUUCAGAAAGCGCUCCUACGCCUGUCUGGACUCUGCUUUCUCCGUGGAUGUGCUUUCUGAUCCGGCCUGGGUCGUGUACUCUGUUGUUAUGACUGGACACAGCGCCCCAGCGGCUAGUCUACGCUCGAGCAAUAACGAGAGACGAACGAAAAAGUUAAUACACUGGGGCUAUGCUACAGAUUGGGGGACGCGCAAACGCGUCAAAGAGGUGGUGUCGGAAUGGGCUCAGCUGGAGUCCUCACGAAACUUGGUCUGCUUCGCUGCAGCCAGCUUCUUGCCUGCCCGUAGUGAGCCCGUUCGAUCCAUUGCCUCGACUUGUUUCACCAGAUUGCCCCCCUCUUUGUCCGCUCUUCAAAAGGAAAACGGGGAUGUGUUGAAGUUGCUCGCCAACUUUUCUUUGCCAAAGGCAAAGUCCGGUCAGAAUGCAAUGCAUUGGAUUCCUAACCCGUCGACGGAGUAA